UUAAUCAGAACGAGACAAAACAUCAAUGAAGAUGACGAACGGCCUGCCAUCCCAUCCUUUUCUCAUCGUCUCCGCCAUUUCGUCCUUCCUACUCCCUACUUCCUCCCCCCGUCAUAAUUCAUCACCUACUCCUCCUCUUCACCAAUCCAUUCACUAACUCAGCUCUCCUCCCCCAAUCCACCACUCUCAAAACCAAAACAGAGCACGCCCAAAAGAACCCCUCCCUCCAUUUCUAAACUCGGAGAAGAAUCUUAUCUGAAUUGGCAUUUAUUUAUUUAAUUUUUUUUUCCUCUCCCUCUCACCGAAAUCGUUCGCCCGACUCGAAGUCUUGUCUUAUAUCUGCAUGCCGAGAAGAAUCCUGUGCGAACUCGGAUGUACGUGGGAGGAGACGGAGACAUGCGUUGCUGGGUUCCUAAUUGCACCAAAACCAUCGAGGAGUGACGGUGGGAUGAAAGGUGUGGAACCCUAACGAGAGGUGGAUCCAAGAAAGGCCGCUGGAAUGACCAACAGGCUUCUCAGCAUCGCGGCGCAGAUAACGGUGAUGGCCAUCGUGGUCUCGGUUGUGCUGCUCUUCGUCGGCAUCGGAAUUCUGGUGCUCAUCCACGUCUGCGUCGUCGGGAGGGCGUUCCGAGGCCUCAGCGCCGCCGCGAGAGCAGACCGGAGCGACGAGGUGAGCGGCGGCCUGUCGGUGGACGAUCUGGAGAAGCUCCCCUGCUAUGAUUUCAAGGCCGGGGAGAAGGGAAGCGGCGCGGUGGAUUGCGCGGUGUGCUUGGAGAGCUUUAAGAUUGGGGAGCGGUGCAGGCUGUUGCCUGUUUGUAAGCAUAGCUUUCAUGCCCAGUGCGUGGAUUCUUGGCUGUUGAGGUCCCGGUUCUGCCCGAUAUGCCGGACCAGCGCCGAACACCGGAAGGGAUGCGAGGCUGGGAGGGAGGGCGCAGUGGUGAUGGUGGGGAUUCCAUUGCCUGUCCAUGCUUCGACUUCAGAAUAGAUGUUUGGGAGUUUUGUGUGCAUGCUGUAGUUUUCAAGGUUCUUCCAUCUUGCCGUAAUCAGUUCCCCUUCACAUCGUUGGUGAGGGGUUUCCCAUGCGAACAGGCCUAUCUGUGACACCUUUGCUGAGCUUGGGUCAGAAGCACUUGAUAAGUUGACAAGAGAAGUAAUAUAUGAGUAUACCAGAAAAUUAAUGUUGCACUCUAUAGGUGGUAUCGAUCAUUGCUUAUUCUAAGAUGCCAUCAUUUCUUUUUUUCUGAGGAUCGUCAAAAUGGAUGUUCCAGCUGUGAAAAAAAAAAUCCACCAAAGCAUAAUAUAAUUGCCCAACUGUUGGGCAUUUAGGAGUCUAGUUAUCCAGAUGAUGCUGUAACCAAAUAAAUUCUGGUACCAUAAUCCUUGGGCCAUGCAAUUCUGACCUAAUUCACUAACUCUUCUUCUAAUGGAAGGACAGGAAAUUCAUCAGAUUCAUCAAGGUGUUCCAGUCUUCUUAAUAUGCCCACAUGAAAUAUCUUCUGAAUCUCCUAGAUACGAAAUGAUGAAUCUGAAACCCGACCAUGUGUAACACAAAAUCAAAAUAGAUGAGCAUAAAUAUUCACUUUCUCCUCUUGCGUUCAUCAGUAAUUUUGCAGAAAACAGGUUCCAUUUUCUUAAAUAUGGCAUCAAAGGCAGGUAUUUGGAUCCUAUUGGUUAUUCAGAACAGAACAUCAUCUUUGAACACAUGAAUCUUUUGUACUCUGCAUCUAUUACUGGGUUGUGCGGAGAGGUGAAAGGUUCCUCCAGAAUCCUUUUUCUCGUUUGCAUCUAGGUAGACAACUUCAUGCAUUUCCAUCAUCUCACUUUAGAUGACAUUAACUCGAUCGCACUCUAUCUGGUCUCAUCUUAAGUUACUGGUCGGGCAGCACAUCUUUUCUUUUAUCAGACAGCAAUGUUUCUGUCGGAAUGUUAUUGUUCGAAAGCUUUGGUUCAAGUAGCCAUCAAAUAUCAGAAACUUCCACAGCAACUGCAGUCAGGUGAUCUGCAAUCAUUCCUUGGGACAUAAGGUGGAGGUCAACAAUUAUUCUCUGAUAUGCUCACAAUCGCGAUAAUUCCUCAUAAUUCUUCACAGC